UCCUUUCAAAAAGUGUCAAAAACUUAUUGGAGUGUAGUGAUCGAUUGUAAAACAGCAAAUCUAAAACUAUUAUUUUUAUAUCAAUUGUGAUAUCCUACACAAAUUUAACUCGGGAAAUGGAUAGUGAGGACCACAGUUUUAUUAAUGUAUCACACAUGAAAAGUGAUGAAUACAGUGAAAGCGUAAAUAUUACGUUCCCUUAAAAGAACUUGGUGUUGAAUCAAAUAUACCAAAAUGCUACAGAUUGGACCGGCUUGUGUUUGCCGAGCCAUUGGAAAACAUUUCAAACGACGUAAAUGUAGAAGACAUAGAAGAACACAAUCAAAUCACAGUUGUGGACAAUGUGAUGGUACAAACGGAGACUGGAAAGAAAUACAAAAAGUAUCUUAUUGAUUUCAAUGCUUCACAGCCACAAUGUCCUCAGCCGAACUGUACCCGCAUCUUUACAACCUCAAAGCUCCUCAAAGCCCACAUACGUAAGGUGCACUGCGCAGACAAACAGAAGUACAUAUGUGAGCAGUGCGGGCGCGGGUUCUCGGCUCAGUACUUGUUGCAGCGACACCUGGUGGUGCACAGCGGAGUCUUGCUCGAGUGUUCUGUUUGUGGAGUCAAACUGAGCGGGAGGACUGGCUUAACCAACCACCUCCGUUCUCACCUGAACAUCCGUGCCCACGAGUGUGGAGUUUGCAAGAAGAAGUUCACGCGAGCAUCAACCUGUGCAACUCAUAUCAAGUUUGUGCACAAACAAGGGUUGCUGGGAUGUGACCAGUGUGGGCAACAAUUCUCAUCUCGGAAUCAAUGGAGUGUGCACAUGAAGACUCAUCGGCAAGAAAAACCUGACUGAUUCAUCAUUCCACGGCAGAUACGCCAAUGAUAGACUUCGGAGGACACUGA